GUUUUGGGAAACCGCACCGAGUUUCAGCGCGUGGCGUCGCUGCUCCAGGACACCGUGGACUUUGAUAUCGACGCCAACGCCUCCGUGUUCGAAACCAACAUCAGAGUGGUGGGGGGUCUGCUGUCGGCUCACCUGCUGGCAGGUCGGGGGGGGAUGGAGCUGGAGCCUGGUUGGCCGUGUUCAGGACCGCUGCUGAGGAUGGCAGAGGACGCUGCCAGGAAACUGCUGCCUGCGUUCCAGACGCCUAGCGGCAUGCCGUACGGCACGGUGAACCUGCUGAGCGGCGUCAGUCCCACGGAGACGCCCGUGACGUGCACCGCCGGCGUGGGAACCUUCAUCCUGGAGUUCGCCACGCUGAGCCGCCUGACGGGAGACGCCACGUUUGAGAAGGCGGCGCGCCAGGCCCUGCGAGCGCUGUGGAAGACCAGAUCUGACAUCGGGCUGGUGGGGAACCACAUUAACAUCCUGUCUCUGAAGUGGGUUGCCCAGGACGCUGGUAUCGGAGCGGGGGUGGACUCGUACUUUGAGUACCUGGUGAAAGGAGCCAUCAUGCUGCAGGACGAAGAACUGCUCAACAUGUUCCUGGAGUACGACCGAGCCAUCCAGAACUACACCCGCUUCGAGGACUGGUACCUCUGGGUCCAGAUGCACCGAGGAACCGUCUCCAUGCCGAUCUUCCAGUCUCUGGAGGCCUUCUGGCCUGGCCUGCAGUCUCUCCUGGGGAACCUGGACAGCGCCGUGAGAACUUUCCAGAACUACUACUCUGUGUGGAGGCAGUUUGGAGGUCUGCCGGAGUUCUACAGCAUCCCUCAGGGGUACACGGUGGACAAGAGAGAGGGGUACCCACUGAGACCAGAGUUGAUAGAGAGUGCGAUGUACCUGUUCAGGGCGACGGGCGACCACACCUACCUGCAGCUGGGCCUCGACGCUCUGGAGUCCAUCGAGAAGAUCACCCGGACGCCCUGCGGAUACGCCAGCGUGAAAGAUGUGCGCGACCACGCGCUGGACAACCGGAUGGAGUCCUUCUUCCUGGCUGAGACCAUCAAGUACCUGUACCUGCUGUUUGACCCCGCCCACUUCCUGCACGGCGGGGGGGCGGAGGGCGACGGGUCCUGGGAGGCGGGCGGCGAGGACGGCCAGUGUGUUUUAGGGGCGGGGGGGUUCAUCUUCAACACCGAGGCUCACCCUCUGGACCCCGCCGCGCUGCACUGCUGCAGCCAGCACGCCGCCGAGCGCCGCGCGCUGGCUGACCUCCUGCUGCACCGCACACGGGAAACACAGACUCAGGGCCCGCCCCCCGGCCAAUCACAGACACAGGGCCCGCCCUCUGGCCAAUCACAGACACAGGGCCCGCCCCCCGGCCAAUCACAGACACAGGGCCAGCCCUCUGGCCAAUCACAGACACAGGGCCCGCCCCCCAGCCAAUCACAGACACAGGGCCCGCCCUCUGGCCAAUCACAGACACAGGGCCCGCCCCCCAGCCAAUCACAGACACAGGACCCGCCCCCCAGCCAAUCAGAAAGCAUCGCUCUGAAGCCCGGCGAGAAGAAGACCCCGCCGGCGCUGUCCUGUCCCGUGCAGCCGUUCAGCGCUCGGCUCGCCGUCCUCGGACAAGUUUUCACCGACAACACGUGACGCCGCCGCCGUUCAGACGAGAAGCAGAAACGACCACGGGACCGGAAGGUUUCUAGACGAGUGUUUUAACAGCUGACUCAGCGCUCAUCUCUCCAGCUGACGAUCAGCUGAUCAGCUGACCUCUCGGCUUCUUUCUCAUAUUCCUUUUUAUAACUUGUCAACUUUUGACUUUUUUUCCAGCUUUUCGCACUUUCACAGUUGAGUAUUUUUCAAUAUAUAUUUUUUUUUUUUAUAACUUUUUUGCCUUUUUUUUAUCAACGCUUUCUUUUCUGCUUUUGACCGUUUUUUUUCAAAAACCACCAUUUGUCUCCGGGCCAGUAAACUCUGUGUUUUAGGAAAGCUUUCAGGGAACAAAGUGAACUUGUGAAGAGUUGUGAGGAUCUGAUGUCUGAGUGAAGCUGUGUCGGAUAUUUAUCAAUUUAAACGUUGAUUAAUUUUAACGUACGGCGCCGAGAGCUACAGACAGCUUUAACACUCGCCAAGCGCCAAAUACACGGACAUUUUCUACUAAAGAGAGAGGACGUUUUUUUACGAAAUUUUUUGUUGUUGCUUUUUUCAACAUUUGAGAUGUUGCUGCGUGCGUUGAAUGUGCAGAAUGUAAUUCGUCAGAUUAGAAGGAUUUAACGAUUGAAUUCAGAUUAUUUUAUCACCAGUUUAUCUAUUUAAUUUAACUAUUAACUAUAAGAUUUUGCUCUGAUUUCUUCUUUCAGUUGAAUUCAACAAAACAACAAAAUAAAAAGGAACAUGUAUGUUACUAACGAACACGCAGUUUAAAAACUGUUUGUGUAUGUGGAUGUUUCUCAUCUUACCGCCAACAUGAAGGACUCUGGGUAAUAUCAGAGAUAGUUUAGUAGAGAGGAUCUUUGGGACUAACCAUCAUGAUGUGAAUGUUUAAUGUUGUGUAAUGUUUGGAGCUGCCAGCAGGGGGUGGUACCUCCUCUCUGUGGAUCCUGCAGAGACUUCUGGGGGAUUUAUGGUAUAAAAGAUUAAAAAAGUGAUAAUUUGCCUUUUUCUGAUAUGGUUUUGCAUAUUUUUUCACAUGAAAGACUAAAAAGUUUUCCCUCUGACUGAAAGAUGAAUAAAAUGACCGAAACAAAAAA